AUGAAUUCCAUAUUUAAACUACCUAAUGAGGUCGUUCUAAAUAUACUCAAAAAUCUCAGCACAGAGAAAGUAACUGAGCUCGUACAUUACUACAAGAAUAUAGAAUCAGCACUGCCAAUUUUGGUUUUACUCUACCAACGUCUAUUUGGUGGAGUUUUAUUGAUCCUGAAUGGGGCACCUAGGGUUGAUUUCACUAGAGAUUACGGACUAACUAUUGAUGCAUUUGAAAACAAGAUAUUGAAUGAUUGCUCAUUUGAAGGUAAAGCGUUUGAACAAGUUCGACCAAACUUGAUUGAAUUCAAAUUUACUAGGCAAACUGCCGAUUAUCACCAGUUUAUCAUUGAUUUGAAUGGGCUUCUUCAUCUUCUUGAGUCUGAUGAUCCAAAGAUAUGCAAGUACUUUGAACAUGCGCAACGAAUCAACAUUCACAUUGAUGCUCAUUUAGUUUUUAUCGAAAAUCCAGACUCACUCAAUUCAAUUAUCAUUAAGCUACUUUUGGAGCUAAGUCGACACAAUUUAACGAAAAAGAUUAACAAAUUCACGAUAAAAUCCAGUGAAAUUGGUAGUCUUUAUGUUGCCCAUUGGUCAAAACUAUUUCAAUACUUUAGUUCGUUAAGCACACUAGAUCUUUCAGAGAACCUCAUACGAAGUAACCACGAACAUUUCUUGGACGUCUGGGGGAUGCUGAAGAAGUUUCCAAGUACAUUAACUACACUAAAUAUGAACAAUAACAUGUUGACCUACAUUUCGAAAGAUUUCAUUUACAACCUACCCCCGAGUCUAGAAGUUUUGUUGAUGAACCAAAAUGAUGUUGAGAUCAUUGAACCUUGUGAUUUGCUGCAACCAUUACCUCAAUUAAGGAACUGGAGUUUAAACUAUACUAAAUUGUGUGUUCUCAGUCCCACCAUGUUUAAAAAUUGUGGAAAGGAUUUCGUAUUGGAAAUCAAAUCAACUUAUUUGCCGGAUAAUGAUUUAGAAAAGUUGCAUGCGAUUGCAAAGCAUCGUGGGUUCAAGAUUCUUCUUUAA